AUAGUUUGGCAUCCAUACGAAACUUCCUUUGAAUUCCUUUCAAGUUUCAAUUAAUUGCUUGGUCAAAUUGUCUUCUUUUUGGUGGUGUCUUGUGAAACCAUUUUACUCCCAUUCCUAUCAUCAACCACUUCUUUGUUCACAACACACAAAAUAACCCAAACAAUUCCAUGAUCUUCAUCUUCCUCACCUGGCUUUUUUUCGUUUCCAAUCUCCUUCAAUUCCCUUCAAUUUCAUCUCUGUUUUCUCACUUCACCAUUUAGGGUUCUUGGUUUCUUCCCAAUGAUGAAGUGUUUCAAUAUUUUCAGUUCCGGAACGAAAAGAAGAGGGAAAUCUUCACCAGAGCUCCGGGAGCAAAACCAAUCAACGAAACCAGCUACAAGAUUAGUAAAGUCGACAGGGUCAAUCGUUUCACCAAGAAGCAUACCGGAAUUGUACAGAGAAAAAGAACAUAAUUUGAGAAAGUUUUCGUUUUCAGAGCUCAGAAAUGCUACUAAUAAUUUCAAUAGGAUGUUAAAGAUCGGAGAAGGUGGAUUCGGAAGUGUGUAUAAAGGGUCAAUUAAACCUCCUGAUGAUCAAGGCGAGCCUCUUGUGGUUGCAAUUAAGAAACUCAACAGAAAUGGGAUGCAGGGGCAUAAAGAAUGGUUAGCAGAAGUUCAGUUUCUUGGUGUUGUUGAACACCCUAACCUUGUAAAGCUUUUGGGAUACUGCUCAGUAGAUGGUGAAAGGGGAAUACAAAGACUAUUAGUCUACGAGUAUAUGCCAAACAAAAGCUUAGAAUCUCAUCUCUUUAGCAGAGCAUAUCCACCAAUUCCAUGGAAAAAAAGGCUACAAAUCCUCCUUGGUGCAGCCCAAGGUCUAGCUUAUCUUCACGAGGGUUUGGAAAUCCAGGUGAUAUUUCGCGAUUUCAAGUCCGCAAAUGUGUUGUUGGAUGAAAACUUCAACCCAAAACUUUCGGAUUUUGGGCUUGCGAGAGAAGGACCACAAGGAGACCGGACUCACGUAUCCACAACGCCUGUUGGGACAUACGGAUACGCUGCCCCAGAAUACGUGGAAACGGGUCAUCUAAAGUCAAAUAGCGACUUAUGGAGUUUCGGAGUUGUAUUAUACGAGAUUUUAUCGGGUAGAAAGGCGAUUGAUAGACUCCUACCACAAUCCGAACAAAAACUUAUCGAAUGGGUCAAACAGUUCCCAGCAGAUAGCAAAAGGUUCCGGAUGAUAAUGGAUCCGCGUUUAAACAAUCAAUAUUCGCUUAGUGCGGCUCGGAAAGUUGCAAAAUUGGCGGACAGUUGUUUGCGGAAGAAUCCGGAAGAUCGACCCGCGAUGAGUCAGAUAGUUGAUGUGUUACAGGACGCGAUUAGAGAGUCAGAAGAUGAUAUCAGAAGUCCAAGUUCAGUACCGAGUCCGUUACCGUUACCAGAGCCGUCUACACGAAGAACAGUUCAUGUUGGUUAGGGAAGAAUGAAGAUGAUUGUGAUUGUUGAUAUUUUUAAAUUUUUGUUGAGGGUUGAAUCAUGAAUGGUUUUGUAUCGUAUUUAGGUAGAUGACUAGAUGAGUUUAUUGUUUAUUGUUUUUUUUCCCUUAUAUAUAAUAUGGGUAUAGACGUAUGGGGUACAUAGAGUCGUGAAAAAGAUUUGAUUUUUUUUU